ACUGCCAGUAAUCAUAGGACGCAAUCCGCAAAUGCCCACCGUUCUUGGCACAACGAGAACAAUUCACUGGAAGAGAAUUGGAGUCAGUUGCGUCGACAUGCAAGUCGAUGUUCUGUUCAAUCAGAGUUCAUGGAAAGUGGUCGAUCACCGGUGAUGGGAUAUAGGCACGGACAUCAUCGGCACCGGUAUCCCUCAACGACGAACAGUGGGCAAAGUGUAAAUAAAAACUCCGAUGUGGGGUUUUCCUUUCCUCCUGGACAGUCAUCUCAGGUGAUUCGGUCUACGCGUAGUACCGCCAGUUUGGACACUGCUUUGCUUCUUAGGGAUUCACAGGAAGCUCUCAACGAAAUCGCCCGACGAAUUUAUCGACAUCCCAUUCAUCCAACCGUGCCCGCAUCGUCCGUUCAACUUCCUCAGCUCCAGAACCUCUCUUCCUACCUUGCCAAUCGCUAUGCUGACUGGAAUGCUGAAAAAAAUCCUGCCAUGGAGAAACAGUGUCCCAUAUCCCCACUUUCUCAUCCUACAAUUUUGGAAAUUGGAACUCAAUCAAUUGACCGGUCAUUAGUAGGCAGCAAAUCGACCAAUCAGCAGCCACAACAACCUUUCACGACUGUUUAUUCUAUUGGUCAGAAUGAAGCCCACCAAUCGGCGAAAAGCACGCCAUAUUCUCCGCCUGUUCCAGCACCGCCUAUAUCCCCUGUAUCGAUCGCUUCUGCUACUGAACCCGGAUAUCAUUUCCGAAGUAGUCGAAGACCUGCAAGCUCGAAUCGCUACGUCGUUCGUCGACAUUCCUUGCGUAAUUCCAACAAUCAACGAGUAGACAGUCCAACACCGAAUGAUAUCUUCCCCACUGAGCACAAAAAUGUCCCUCCCGCCCCCCACGUACACUCUCUACUCAGUCACACAUCACCCAAGGUGGUCACUGAGGUCAAGGUCAUGCCAAGUCGACCAACAGGAAUUAGUGUCACUACUACUGUGGCCCCGUUAAUUUUACAGCGGAGGCCGGAGGCUGAUACCAAACCUUACACUUCCGGUCAAUCCUGA